AUGCCCAAAGACAAAGAGCGCACACUCAACCCAGCCGCCGCGCAGCGGAAACAAGAUAAACAAAAGGAACUUCGGAAAGGCAAAGCAGAGGCACUAGCGCGACGAAAUGAAAAACUAGCACGCCGCAACCCAGAACGAAUCCAGCGCCAAAUCGACAGCUUCAAAGAAGCCCAAGAAUCAGGACAACAACUACGACCACGCGAUAAGGAACUCCUCGAAGCACUGGAAAAGGAUUUACGAGCUGUACUGAAGGCACGCGAAGCUCUCGGUGACAAGGCACCCCGGUUUGAGCACGGCGGCAGAGGAGGCCGCCAGGGGGACGGUGCUCGACGGGGCGGUGGCGACAACGUGCUCGGGAAGCGGCGACGUGGCUCGGAUGAAACACGGAUGCCUCGCGAUAGUGAUAGCAGCGAGACGGACGAGGAUGUGCGAAGCAUACCUAUGCCGCGGGAUACACCGCCGCCGAUCCCGCGCCAGAACCAGCGCAGACGAGAUGGCAAUGCGCCUGCAGACGAGGCUCCUGUGCGCGGUGGUCCGCACCCGCUGCCAUCCCGGCCAACGCCGGUUGUAGAGGCUAAGACUGUUUACGAGGCGAAGCCUCAGAUUCGGGAUCUGCGGCAGGAGGCGACUAGUAAAUUCAUUCCGGCUGCUGUCAGGAUGAAACAGAAGUCUAUCAAGGGGCAAGGGAAAUUGUUGGAACCGGAGGAGAUGGAUAAGCUUGAAAGGGCUGGGUAUAAUGCUGGUCCUGUUCCGGAAACACAGACUGGAGAUUCCCCACAACAUGGGUUGGAUGAACUGGCGUUAUUAGAAGAACAGGAGCGGCGAUUCAGGGAGGAGCGUAAGAUGGUUCAGAUGGAGGAGGUGGAGGAUGAGCAGGCAGGGGCUUAA